AUGGUUCCUUUUCACCAGACGGUCUUGAAGCUGAAGGCCUGGGUGCGAUCCAAUGGCCGCUUGCCGGCCCAGGGCACAGAGGGAGAAGAGAGGACGCUGGCGAAUUUCCUGAACCGGCAGCAGCAGUGGAUGGCGGGUCGGGGCUGGACGGCGUGCAGAGGCGCACCAUACCCAGCUGCUAAGCGUCGGCUACUGCAAACGGUGCCCAAGCUGUCGGCGCGCAUCCGUCACUGGGAUGCCUUGAAGGCGCAGCGGAAGAGGGCUGCAGCCAAGCCGAAGGCAAGCGAAAGCAGCCAGCGUCGUGAGUUGGAGGAAAGGUUCUGCACAGAGUCGAAGCUGGCAAAGACGAAGGGUCUGCCCACGCUGGGCUCCGCCACGACCAAGGCUAGUCGAUACUCAGCUGCUUUUGUCGAGACGAUCUUGAAGGCGCCUGCUGCUUAUCCUCACUGGGCUCGGAAGCUCCUGAAAGAAGAUGGGAUGGCUGCCUCAGGGCUUUCUGUUGGCGUGAAUUUGUCCAUGAGAAAAGGUUACUCAGUGAACAGGUCGAGCAUGGAGCGCCAUCGUGGCUUGAUCCAGGCUCUCUGCCGGAUUGCCACAGCAGUUGCGCCCAAAGUCGCCUUCACCACCAUCCAGAUCAACAAGAACUUUGCGACAGCACUACACUGCGACGCCAGCAACUUGGGCCCAUCGUUGAUUACCUGCCUCGGGUCCUUCAGCGGUGGCGCGCUCUACAUCCACGGAAAGGUGAACGUGAGUGGCCGCUCCUUCGAGUUCGAUGGGAACAUCCCUCACGCGACUUGCCCUUUCCAAGGCGAGCGAUUCUGCAUCAUCUUCUUCGUGAACCAUGGAUACGCAAAGCUUCCGGCGCAGGACGUCUCGUACCUGAAGAGCUUCGGCUUCAAGUGGCCAAAGCGAGGGCUCAAGAAGCCGGACUACGGCCCAAGGGCUGCCCGCUUGCUGGCUGCAGCUGCCGCCUUGCCCAAGUACUUGGCAAGCUCUGGGCGCAGCAAGGCCAAGGAGCAGCGUCGGCAGCGCUUGUGGUACUGGCUGUUCAGCUUGAAAACAAACCGUGGCGGUCACGACUGGAAUGAGCAGAAGGCGACGUUGCAUAGAACGCAGAGCCUCCCCAAGGCCCUCGCUGGCGCCUCCUUACUCCCGGGUGCCAACGGCGCAGAGGCCUCGCCGUUCCACGGCUUAGCCACGCGUCGCUUUGGCGAGGACUCUGGCUGGGACGGGCGCAUGCGCGGCUCAACGCUGGCGCGGCGGAAUUGGGCCGGCACUUGCCCGGACAAGGACAGCAAGGUGCGCGUGUGA